GGGGAGUCUGCUCCGGGAGGAGGGGGAAGGAGGUUGGCUGCUGGCGUUCUCCCUCACCGCCAGCGUCCUCGCUCCGGGCACCAUGUUCGCUCCAGGGUCCCCCAGCCACACCCUCUGCCGGUUCCCCCUGCUGCCGUUGCUGCUGCUGUUCCUGCUGCAGGCCUUGGAGAGGGGGCUGGGCCGUUCCAGCCCGGCUGGAGCCCCCUUGGAAGAUGUGGUCAUUGAGAGGUACCACAUCCCCAGGGCCUGUCCCCGAGAAGUGCAGAUGGGGGACUUUGUGCGGUACCACUACAAUGGCACUUUUGAGGAUGGGAAAAGGUUCGAUUCGAGCUAUGACCGCAGCACCCUGGUGGCCAUCGUGGUGGGCGUGGGUCGCCUCAUCACUGGCAUGGAUCGUGGCCUCAUGGGCAUGUGUGUCAACGAGCGCCGCCGCCUCAUCGUGCCUCCCCAUCUGGGCUAUGGCAGCAUUGGUGUCGCGGGGCUCAUUCCCCCAGAUGCCACCCUCUAUUUUGAUGUGGUCCUGCUGGAUGUGUGGAACAAGGCAGACACAGUGCAGACGAGCAUCCUUCUGCGCCCACCUCACUGCCCCCGCAUGGUGCAGGACAGCGACUUUGUACGCUACCACUACAACGGCACCCUGCUGGAUGGCACUGCCUUUGACAGCAGCUACAGUAGGGGCGGCACUUAUGACACAUACGUGGGCUCUGGUUGGCUGAUCAAGGGCAUGGACCAGGGACUGCUGAGCAUGUGUCCUGGAGAGAAAAGGAAGAUCAUCAUUCCUCCCUUCUUGGCCUAUGGGGAGAAAGGCUAUGGGACUGUGAUCCCCCCUCAGGCCUCUUUGGUCUUCCAUGUCCUACUGAUUGAUGUCCACAACCCGAAGGACACAGUCCAGCUAGAGACGCUGGAGCUGCCUACGGACUGUGACCGGCGAGCGGUGGCUGGGGACUUCAUGCGUUACCACUACAAUGGGUCCUUGAUGGAUGGCACCCUCUUUGAUUCCAGCUACUCCCGCAACCACACCUACAAUACCUAUGUCGGGCAGGGUUACAUCAUCCCCGGGAUGGACCAGGGGCUGCAGGGUGCGUGCAUAGGGGAGCGCCGGAGGAUCACCGUGCCCCCGCACCUUGCCUAUGGGGAGAACGGAACUGGAGAUAAGAUCCCUGGCUCAGCCGUGCUCAUCUUCGACGUGCUUGUCAUCGACUUCCACAACCCUGAGGACCCUGUAGAAAUCAAGACGCUGUUCCGGCCACCUGAGACCUGCAAUGAGACCUCUAAGCUCGGAGACUUCAUUCGCUACCACUACAACUGCUCUCUGUUGGAUGGCACCAGGCUCUUUUCUUCCCACGACUAUGGGGCCCCCCAAGAGGCCACCCUGGGGGCCAACAAAGUGAUCGAAGGCUUGGACAGGGGCCUGCAGGGCAUGUGCGUGGGAGAGAGGCGGCAGCUCAUUGUACCCCCACACCUGGCCCACGGGGAGAGUGGAGCCCGAGGUGUCCCUGGAAGUGCUGUGCUGCGUUUUGAGGUGGAGCUGGUGUCCCGGGAGGAUGGCCUGCCCGAAGGCUACCUGUUUGUGUGGCACCAAAACCCUUCUGCCAAUCUGUUUGAAGACAUGGAUCUCAACAAAGAUGGAGAAGUGCCCCUGGAGGAGUUCUCCUCCUUCAUCAAGACUCAAGUGAAUGAGGGCAAAGGACGCCUCAUGCCUGGGCAGCACCCUGACAAAACCAUAAGAGACAUGUUCCAAAAUCAGGACCGAAACCAGGACGGCAAGAUCACAGCUGAGGAACUGAAGCUGAAGUCAGAUGAGGAUCAGGAGCGGGUCCAUGAGGAGCUCUGAGGCCAAGGGGCCCAGCCUAGCCUCAGACACAAAGGCCCUCUGCUGGGGGUCAGUGGUGAUAGGACUGGCCUGCCAGCCCCGCUCCCUCAUCCCUCAGUGGGGUAACUCUGGGAGCCACGGUCACAGGAGACUGUUGUGGUUUUCCCACCAGCUGUGUGGCUUCCAGUCCACAGCACUGACCUCUAUGCCAAUUUUCCUCUUCCAACCCCAGAUCUCUUCCUUAAAGUAUUUGGGGUAAAAAGCCAUUUUGGGGGCAGAGUACUGAAGGCUGCUUAGGACCAUUCCUGACUCCACACUUAGGCCUCCCAUCGGAUCCCUAGACUCUUAGCAAGCCUCAGCUUCUCUGUCCUUCAUUUCCCCAAAUGUGCCCUUUGUUUUUUUGUUUUGUUUUGGUCUUUUUGGAACAGGGUCUCCCUGUGGCUCCAGCUGAUGUGGAACUAUGUAGACCAGGCUGGCCUCAAACUCACAGAGGUCCUCCUGCCUCUGCCUCCCCAGUGCUGAGAUUAAAGGCGUGCCACCAUGCCUGGCUUGCGCCCUUUAUUUGUACUGUCCUAUCCCGUCUCCCCACCCCAUCCCUGUCUCCAUUCCCCAUCAUGGCAGCUCCAGGGGCAUGAAUCUGAGCAAGGGGACCCUGUCCUCCUGUCUCAGCUCUGCCUGGCUCCUCAGAAAGGGGCAGUUCCAGGAGCACAUACCCUGCUGGAUGUGUGCAACUGCAGCCAGGUGGUCCUCACCCUAGCCUGCCUUUCAGCCUCCCAGAUCAGGGCUGGGCUCUGUGUAGACUUUCAUCCUUAAAAAUGGCUCUUUCUCUUCAAGGAAAGGCUAUUUGUGAGGAAGCUUGCCAAGAUGGGUUUCAGAUCUGUGAAAACCAGCAUUUGGUGCUAAUGUGGGUGGGAGGGAGGUAGGCAGAGUUCUGGACAAAGACUAAACUGAUACCCAAUCCUUUCUCCUUUUGUGAAAGAUUAAACCUAAAGCCUCAA